UCUUAAUUAUCUUGGUAGCAACUCAUUUGGCAAUGGCUUGAAUGUAACGGAGGUUUAUUAAUAUCAAAAAGUUAUGCACUAAAGCUUUAAAAGUGGCAAGCUAUUUAUACACCUUCACAUGAGAUCACAUUGAAAACAGCAAGCCUGGCUCUGUCCAGAGAAGAAAUUCAUAAAUUGUAAUUCUUAGACUUUUUUGGAUUAAACAAAUAAUAUAAGGAUUUAAUUAGUGAGCUGUAGAGGUAUUAAUGUAGGCAUAUUUUGUGACCUUAGGGACAGAGCGAGGCUAGCUGUUUUCCCGUUUCCAGUCUUCAUGCUAAGCUAUGCUAACUACUGAUGGUAGCUUCAUGGUGUACAAUACAUGAGUGGUAUCAAUCUUGUUAUGAAACAUUUUGGCAAGAAAGCACAUUUCCCCAAAAUGUCCAACUUUUGCUUUAAGCUGGUAGAGCAGAAUCAAAAUGUUCUUCUUUGAUGAAAUUUAAAAUGUCGACAUUUCUUGUUGUAAAAAAACAAGCCAUUAUCUGUGAUUUUUUUUAUUUUUUAUUGAUACAGUAUGCCAAGCAAGUGCACCGACUGUAUCACGAAUGUAGCAGUGAACAAGUUCAAGUGCCACAUUUUCACUAAGAUUUUUUUCUUUUCUUUUGUACAUUUAUCUCAUUUCUAUGGUCUUGAAAUGAAAGCUAAAACUAUCGUAGUUUAAAAUUUGUAUUUUUUAUAAUUAGACAUCUGAUUUCAUAACUGCAUAGAUUUAUGUAUAAAAUAAACGACAUACAUAUGUUUUGUGAAUGUAUGAAUUGUGAAUCAUAUUUUGAUAUUCAGAUGAUAUCUAUAUGCAUUACAGUAUUAGAAAAAAACGAAUUAGCUGUGUAUGCCUCUAUUGUGUGAUUGGUUAUGUACAUCCAAUCUAUUUCCUAAAUAUUAAGAGCCUAUCAAAAACCGUACAAUGUGAUGAAGUGCUUCUGUUACCAUUAAUAAUAUUCUGAAUGAGCUACCUGCAGCCAGAUAUAUACACACAGUAUAAACUAAGUCUGCAAGUUUAAACAAAUAUGUAGGCUACUGUAGAGCAUUUAAAAGGAAACUUGUUUGAUUGGAGUAAAUUAAAUAUUUUUUAUGCUUUUGUCUCCUGUUUUUCAUUAGCUGACUCUGUAUUGGCCUUGCCUACUCCAGUACCAUGUUUUAAAUCAAAGGUCAAGGAUUUAUGGCUUUAGUUCGGAGGAAGAACUUCAAAACAGGAACACUAAGAAGUAGUCGUAAAGAGAAAGCGUAGGGUUGAGACAUCUGCAGUAAAUGCAGAUUAUGUAAGACCUUUGCUGUUUGUUUAUGGGCUAUAAAACGACCACAACAUGGCAGUACGUUCAGUGACACCAUGUACAGAAAAGCUGUUUAAAGUUUUAGUCAUUGGGGAUCUAAGUGUUGGGAAAAGCAGCAUUGUCUUGCGUUAUGUUAAUAAACGCUUUGAUGAAAGAUACAAAGCAUCUAUUGGAGUUGACUUUGCUCUAAAAACUAUUGAAUGGGAUGCAAAGACAGUGGUGAGGCUGCAGCUUUGGGACAUUGCAGGCCAGGAGAGGUUUAAGAAGAUGUCCAGAGUGUUCUACAAAGAGGCGAUGGGAGCAGUAGUGGUCUUUGACAUUACAAACAGCUCCACCUUGGAGGCUGCCUCAGAGUGGAAGCAGGACCUGGAUAGCAAAGUCUGUCUCGACAGCGGACGUCCGGUCCCUGCCGUCCUGCUGGCCAACAAAUGUGACAUGACAGGAAGGGACAGAGACUUGGUGUCCUCGCUGGACAGCUUCUGUAAAGACAACAGCUUCAUGGGCUGGUUUGAGACAUCUGCAAAGGACAAUAUAAAUAUUGACGAGGCAGGUGCCUUCCUUGUCAAACAAAUGAUGCUCUGCGACACCGGCCUGUCCAAUGAAGAGCACCACUGGGACAGGAUCAAAGUGAGCCAGGCUCCCGGGGAGAAUCAGAGCCAAUCAUUGUGCUGCUGGAGACCACGGCUCUGAGGCAAAGAGCCAAACAUCUGCAGCUACUGGUUAAACGCUCUAACAAGACCUGCUUUUGAUACCAAGUCAUGAAUCCACAGCCACUGCAUAGAAGCUAUUUGAGCUUGUGUUACAUAAUAGCCAGUAACUUUAUAUGCACAUUUCUGCCUCGCCAGGUUUUUUCAGUAAUGUGUGGACUGUGUGGGCUGCCUCAUAAACACCUCUGUGGAGACGAUUGAGCUAAUUUCUCUGAUGAUCCACUGAUACCGACAGGCUAAUAAAGUGAUCAGCAUGACAUACAUCCUGCUGGGAAAAGUCUGUGACGCUCAUUGCGUAACUAAGACUUGCUGGUGAUUGACCUAAAACUGUGAAACGGUCACAACUGCCAUUUUCCCAAACAACAAAAACAGCGAGAGAGAGAGA